AUGGUCGACAUCGUCCCGGUCUCGUCGUAUCCCUCACACAUCUCCCUCCUCCCGUCGAUCCAACAGUGCAACCUGACGAACCUGCCGGAGAACUACUUCCUCAAAUACUACCUCUACCAUGCAUUGACGUGGCCACAACUCUCCUUUGUCGCGGUGGUACGCGGGGCCGGGUCCCAGCCGCCGCGGUACCCCAAAGUGGUGGGUUACGUGCUGGCGAAGAUGGAGGAGGACCCGCCGGACGGGGUGCAGCACGGGCACAUCACCAGCCUGAGCGUGAUGCGGACGCACCGGCGGCUGGGGAUCGCGGAGAAGCUGAUGCGCAUGAGCCAGCGCGCCAUGGCCGAGGCAUUCAACGCCCAGUACGUCAGCCUGCACGUGCGCAUGUCCAACACCGCCGCCCUGCACCUGUACCGCGACACCCUGGGCUUCGAGGUCGAGAAGGUCGAGAGCAAGUACUACGCCGACGGGGAGGACGCCUUCGCCAUGCGCAUGGACCUCACGCCGCUGCAGAUCAAAGCUCUACCCGCUGACGAGGACGAGGACGAGGACGAGGGUGAGGGGGUGGGCUCGCUGGGCAAGAAGGGCGAGGAGGACGAGAAGGCGGUCAACGGCGAGAACGGGAAGAAGGAGAAGAUGGUCAAAGUGAAAGUUGGGCGCGGGCUCGGGGUAGGGGAUCUGGUGGAGCGGAAUGAAGGUUCGACGGGUACGCAGUAUUGA